UACCAUUGUUCUAAAUCUGGGUUUCCUUUCUAUGAACAAAACAAAGCAUGGCUCUUUUGUUGGAUUGACGCCACCCCAUUUGAUUUUUCUCUCUCCUUUCUCUCUUCUCCCUCUCCAAAGACCUCACAGAGCAAACAACAGAAAAUGGGGGCGUACAGAGCCGACGACGAUUACGAUUACUUGUUCAAGGUGGUGCUGAUCGGCGACUCCGGUGUCGGCAAAUCCAACCUUCUUUCUCGCUUCACGCGAAACGAGUUCAGCCUCGAAUCCAAGUCCACCAUUGGUGUUGAGUUCGCCACCAGAAGCAUUCGCGUUGAUGACAAGGUUGUCAAGGCUCAGAUUUGGGACACUGCUGGUCAAGAAAGGUACCGAGCAAUUACAAGUGCAUAUUAUCGAGGAGCUGUUGGUGCUUUACUCGUGUAUGAUGUUACCCGCCAUGUUACAUUUGAAAAUGUGGAGAGAUGGCUAAAAGAGCUGAGAGAUCACACUGAUGCCAACAUUGUGGUGAUGCUUGUAGGGAACAAAGCUGACCUGCGUCAUUUGCGAGCAGUAUCCACCGAAGAUGCUACAAGUUUCGCUGAGCGAGAGAACACAUUUUUCAUGGAAACAUCCGCCCUCGAGUCCUUGAACGUUGAAAACGCCUUCACAGAAGUGCUGACCCAGAUCUAUCAUGUUGUAAGCAAGAAGGCUCUUGAGAUUGGGGAUGAUCCAGCAGCUUUACCAAAAGGGCAGACAAUUAAUGUUGGGUCUCGUGAUGAUGUAUCAGCUGUGAAGAAAACUGGAUGUUGUUCUGCUUGAGUGUGUAGUAAAAGUCAGUCUCUGUAUUUUUACUUUAAAAUUUAUUCCCUGUUUAUACCAUGUAGAAAUUGGCUUCACAGCAUCAUGAUUAUUUAGGGAGCAUCAAACUUUUAAGUUUCUGCUUUGGUCUGUAGAGAAUUCUGUUCAAAAUUAGCCAAAUGUUUAGGAAACACGCACAUUGAUUUUUGCAUAAUUCCUAUUUUUGUGCCCUUUAAGAUAUUUAUUUAUCUAAUUUCCUAGGUAUCAGUUUGGUUC